CUGCAUAUAAACAGAGCCACAGGACACUCACUAUGGACAUUAUGGUUAUAUGACAAGUUUAUCUUUUCAGCUGUUUAUCCAAGUAUAAAUAACAAGUCUUUUUCCAGAGAUUUGACUGUCUGUAAACCAAAGCGUCCACCACAUCUCACACGAUGGAUAAGUUUCGUAUGAUGUUCCAGUUCCUCCAGUCCAACCAGGAGUCUUUCAUGAAUGGGAUUUGUGGCAUCAUGGCAUUAGCGAGCGCCCAGAUGUACUCUGCCUUUGAGUUCAGCUGCCCCUGCAUGCCAGAGUACAACUACACCUACGGUAUCGGGCUUCUCGUCAUCCCUCCCAUAUGGUUCUUUCUGUUGGGCUUUGUCUUGAACAAUAAUGUGUCGGUGCUCGCCGAGGAGUGGAAAAGGCCCACAGGGAGCCGGACGAAGGAUCCGACAGUCCUGCGCUACAUGUUUUGUUCAAUCACCCAGAGGUCGUUGAUCGCCCCUGCGCUGUGGGUGUCGGUCACCCUCAUGGACGGGAAGAGCUUCCUCUGCGCUUUCAGCAUCAACUUGGACAUUGAAAAGUUUGGGAAUUCCAGCUUCAUUAAAGGGAUGUCGGAGACAGAGAAGAUUCGACUGCUGGCCAGAAUCCCCUGCAAAGACCUGUUUGAGCAUCAGGAAAUAAGAGUGGCGGCAACACGGUACAUCAAGUGUAUAUCACAGGCAUGCGGGUGGAUUUUUCUCCUCAUGAUGACCUUCACCGCCUUCCUCAUCCGGGCCAUCAGGCCGUGCUUCACCCAGGCCGCUUUCCUCAAAACCAAAUACUGGUCCCAUUACAUCGACAUCGAGCGCAAGAUGUUCGAUGAGACCUGCAAGGAGCACGCGAAGAGCUUCGCCAAAGUGUGCAUCCACCAGUACUUUGAGAACAUCAGCGGCGAGAUGCAGAGCCUCCACCGCCACCGCUCCGGGAAGGACGACGAGGGCGACGAAGACGAGGACAAGAGAAGUGACGAAGACAAGCUGCUGGGCAUCAGGGCCCAGGACGACAUGAACAAGGUUCUGUGGAACUGGCACACGUGUAAGCCGGCGCUGGCUCUGAGGAAGGACCAGAUGGACGGUGAAAACGACAGCAAGCUGACCGGGAAGAUAAACGAGGGAUUCAAUGGGUUCGCAAACGGACACGCCCACGAGACCAAAAAAAAGGAAUGGGCGGUGUAUUACAGUAAGGUUUAAAGAAAACUGAGAGAAAACACUUACAAAUGAACUCGCAGGCAGACACUGUGUUCCAGAGAUGUGGCCUUUACUUUUGUUUCCUCGCCUUAGAAGCUAAAGGAAAAAGACUUUGUUACUUUGACAAAGUCUGCAACUAUUGCCCAUCUCUUCAUAUUUUGCUUCCAUUCAGUUAGACUUUUUUUCCCCCUUCUUUUAAAGUUACAUUGGCCAAUAUCUCCUACAGAUUUCCAAAGGCUUUUCAGAGCUUUUCUUUCCACGUUUACUGUUUCCUCCAUCAUUUAAUUUCAGGACCUGAUCCUUUCAGAGGAGUGUCUUUCGUUACGCUGCGUCGCUCUGACCUAUGAAUUAUGUAAGACAUCUAAAUUCAAUGAAUUAAUCCUUGUUCUAUGACAAAGAGCAGAAAAAAGUUAAAUUGGCUCUGAGUCACGUAAAAUGGCAUUUUAGUAUUAGCAAAGGGAUUUUUGAGACCAACUCUUUGUGUUCAAGGUCUGAACCGAAAGGCAGGACCCAAAUAGGAAAUUCUCAGAGUGGCCUUUGGAAACCCUAAGAAACGGUUUGAUCAACAUUGAGAAAGUAACGUGUUCUUUAGAGAGAACAUAUAUAUAUUGCACCUGUAACAGCUCUGACUGAAUCUCAUUCCAGUGCACAAUUUCUAAAGUUGCAGCUUUUAUCCAUUGUCGUGGCACUUCCUUCAGGACGAGUAGCCUCUGCUAAUGUUCAACACUAAAUAAUGCAAAUAAAAACUGAAACCCUGAA